AAUAAAGUAGGCCAUUAAACGAACCGACAUUCUUACUUUCAGCUCGAACACAUUGAAGGUUUAGAAUUCUGAAUUUUGGUCAUGGGAACUGUAUACUUGAUUCUUAAGACUAUUGUGGCUGUACUUUCUUGUGUUAAGUCAAGUGCGUUGAGCUCAAGCCAAGGCAAUCUAGUUGUUCGUUGCAAUCAAAGUGAAAAAAGUGCUUUGGUCAAGUUCAGAGAAGAUUGCAGUAAUUCAAUGGACCGUUUUUCCUCUUGGAUUACUGAAGAAGAUUGCUGCAACUGGAGAGGUGUGAUGUGCAGUAAUCAAACUGGUCAAUGGCAUGUUACAAUGCUCGAUCUUCGUGGUCAUGGUCCAGCUGAAAACUCGCAAGGUGAUCAAGGACAGGUUCCUGAAUUUAUUGGUUCUUUGAAAAAUCUAGAGUAUCUAAACCUGUCUAAUGCCAAUUUUCGAGGAAUGAUUCCUGAUCAUCUUGGGAACCUUUCCCAGUUGCAAUACCUUGAUCUAAGUGGUAAUGAAUAUGCUCUUAGAGCAAACAAGCUUGACUGGCUUCAUGGUCUCUCCUCCUUGAAAGUACUGGAAUUAGGUGGUGUGGAUCUUAGUUUGGUUGUUAAUUGGCUUGAUGCUGUUAACAUGCUGCCUUCUUUGGUGAAGUUAGGAUUUUUUGCCUGUGAACUCAACACACUUCCCUUGAGACUAUCUGCUAUAAAUUUCACACAGCUUCAGAUUCUUGAUCUCUCUUUUAACAAAUUCAAUUCUCCCAUGCCAUAUUGGCUCUUCAAUAUCAGCCAGAGUCUUAGCGUCAUUAAUUUUCAAAGAAGUCAGUUGCGAGCUUCCAUCCCUGAUGCUUUUGAAAGCAUGAGUUACCUCACCAUGUUUGAUCUUUCAGACAACUAUCUGGCAGGAGAGUUUCCCAAAACGUUAGGCUUGAUCGCAGAUGACGACAAUAGUACGAGGCCAUCGUUGAGAGAAUUGUAUCUCUCCAAUAAUCAACUUAAGGGGUCUCUUCCACCAGGCAUUGCACAGCUUUCAGAAUUAGAAGUCCUGGAUCUUGCUUCGAAUUCCAUGGAUGGUGUAAUUACUGAAGAUUUUCUGAAUUUUAGUCACUUGCAAGUAUUAGUUUUGUCUUCUAAUUCAUUUAUGGUCAAUAUCAGCUCAGAUUGGACACCUCCUUUUGACCUUGAUACCAUAGGGUUGCAGUCUUGCCAAAUAGGUCCGGAUUUUCCCAGAUGGCUACAAACACAGAAAGACUUCGUGUCAAUUGAUAUUUCCAGCAAUAACAUUUCAGGCAUUGUGCCUGAUUGGUUUUGGAAUAUCUCAAUGAAGGUUGAGUACAUGAAUCUGUCAUCUAACAAUCUAGGAGGAAAACUGCCAGAUUUUUCAUCAAAACUUAAUCUUUCUGUACUAGACAUGAGCAACAACAGUUUUUUUGGACCCUUGCCUCAUUUUUCUUUGAGCAUGAUGUCCCUAAUUCUAGCUGAAAAUAUGAUCACUGGAACCAUAUCCCCUAUAUGUGAAUCUCUUGUUGUGAAUAACUCUUUGAGUUAUCUAGAUUUAUCAUUGAAUGCCUUGUCUGGAUCCAUUCCUGACUGCUGGACUCAAGGGAAUAACUUGGUUGUUCUGAAUUUGGCAUACAAUAACUUAUCUGGCAUGAUACCAAACUCAGCUGGACAUUUAGUUCAUCUCAAGGCACUGAUCCUUGGUAAAAAUGCACUCUCUGGUGAACUUCCUGCAUCGUUGAAGUACUUGACAAAUUUAUAUGUCAUGGAUCUUGGACUCAAUUUUCUAUCUGGCAAAAUACCAGAAUGGAUUGGGGAAAAUAUGGGAAAUCUGAUGAUUCUCCAGUUAUCAUACAACGAAUUUGAUGGAAACAUCCCAUUGCAGCUAUGCCAACUUAAAGACCUUAAAUACUUUAACCUUGCUGGCAAUUCUUUAUCAGGAAAGAUUCCAAGGUGUAUCGACAAUUUUCUUACCAUGGCUAUGGUGGAGGCAGACAAAUCUUUUAUCUAUGACCCCUACACAGUAUAUAGGAAGGCUCUGUUGAACGUAUUGAUCAGAAUGAAUCCUGUCAGUUCAAAGUUCAUGGUUUUUGAUCUUGCACACAAUCAUUUAUCAGGAGAUAUCCCUGGAGAAAUCACCAGCCUUGUUGGCUUGACUUUCUUAAGGUUGUCAAACAACAAUCUUACAGGAGAAAUUCCACCUGAUGUUGGUACAAUGAAAUUGUUGGAGUAUCUUGAUCUCUCCAGGAAUUCCCUCUCUUGCUCAAUUCCGACCAGCAUAUCUCUUCUUCAUUCUCUUGCUCGUUUUAACUUGUCCUAUAACAACUUGUCAGGAAAGAUUCCCUCUGGCUUCCCAAUGGCUUCUCCUGAUGCAUCAUCAUUUAUUGGCAAUCAACACCUUUGUGGGCUUCCCCUCACUGAAGACUGCUCGAAACCUCUCUACAACGAUUUUUCUUGCAGGAUUGAGAACAAGGGCUUACAAGAUGAAGUAAAAAACGAUGGUUUUGAAGUAACAUCUUUCUAUUUUGGUCUGGCAGCUGGAUUUGCUGUUAGCUUCUGGGCAUUUUGGAUCACUUUGCUGCUGUCUAGAUCCUGUCGAUAUGCAUACUUCCAAUUUUUGGACAAAUGGAGCGACAAGAUUUAUGUGAUGAUAGCUAUUAAGGUUGCCAGAUUGAGAAAUAAGCUAGCUUGAAAGAGUUGAAGCCUGGAAGCCAAACUAACUUUGCCCGUGUGUUUCUCUUGCAAUCUAUUCUCUUGGCUCUUGCCAAAAACAAAAAUGCUGCACAUUGAGCUCUGUCAACCUCUUCUUAUGGUAAAGAAGUGCACUGAUGCAUAACAUCAGACAUUAGCUAAGUACGCAUUUAGACCAUCUUUGAAUGCAUUAGUGCCACGAAAUUAUCAUGAAGAUAGACUUGAUACAAGUCUUUGAAA